AUGGGAGAUAGUGAGCGAUCUGAGCGCGACAAUAAGCCAAUUUCCACACUAGUUCAAGGGACUUCGUUACUAUACUGUAUUCGUCAGNUAGAACAAAGAUAUUCAAAUGAUCAAGAGAAUAGCGGUGCUCAGAUUUGGAAGUCUUCCCGCCUCAUUGCACAGGGCCACACGGAGGACUCCACAGAUGGUCUCCAUAUAGGGAAGGUCCCCCUGGAGUGGGACACCCAAAUAUUGUUGAACAUGUACUGCAAUGACCAUAUGAACUUCAAUGACGGCACAUGCUGCAGUGAUGCUGAACCCAUCACAAAGGUGCAGAAGGCCACAGCAUUGGUAUUUGCUAUAUGCAUUGUACUUGCAGUUGUCAUGGUCAUUUACAAAAGAAAAUCCAGGAAAUCAGUAGCUAAUGAUGCUCUUGAUUCUGAAACUUCUGCUCCCACUACCCCUCUGGUCAUGUCUGAAAGUGCCUCUAAAACACCACCUGCAGCUGACGCAGACUCCACCACCCCUGGGUACUGUGAUGUUAUAUAUGAAGUGAUGGUUGCCAUGGCAAAGUUUGGGAUCAUAAUGGCUUAUAGCUUCCUAUGUGACAGGACCACAUUUUUUAUGAAAGAAAACAAGUUUUACACACACUCAAAUUUCUUCCUGCCAUUUGCAUACAUUAUGAUACUUGGAUUUUUCUUCACUGAAGACACUAAACAGACCUCAGUAUUGCACAGGGACCAGACAGAUGAAUGGAAGGGCUGGAUGCAGUUGGUCAUUCUCAUAUAUCACUACAUGGGAGCCAGUAAAGCCUUGCCAAUAUACAUGCACAUACGUGUUUUAGUGUCAUCCUACCUCUUUAUGACAGGCUUCGGACACUUUUUUUAUUUCUGGAAGAAGGGUGAUUAUGGCCUGUUUAGACUGUGCCAGUGUGGUCGCAGGUGCAGACACGGUCUCUUCUCCUGCAAAACAAGAAACAACAGUUUGCAUCGUAUCUGUGAAGUACUCUUCCGCAUGAACCUACUAGUGGUGGUGCUAUGUUUUGUGAUGAAUAGGCCAUAUCAGUUCUACUACUUCGUCCCCUUGGUCUCUUUCUGGUAUAUUGUUGUUUAUAUCACCAUGGCGAUAUGGCCACAGGUAACAGAGGCCAAAACUGAAAGUCAUAGAAGACACUAUUUAUACAUGAUAUUAAAGUUUGUAGUCUUGGUAGCUGUGAUAUCCUUGCUUUAUCUCUCAGAGGUCUUCUUCGAGAAAUUGUUCUUGUCUCGACCAUUUAAGCCACUGUUUGUUCUAUCAGAUGACUCAAUCCACGAGUGGAGGUUCAGAUGGGAAUUAGAUCGUUUUAGUGUGACAUAUGGGAUGAUAUUUGCUUUUGGUUACCUUGUUCUAAAAAAGAUGGAACUUAUAGAUGACACCAACCAUCAAACCUUGUUCUCACGGGGAGUUUGUUGGGUUGUUGUUUUACUAUCACUCAUAGGUUUAGCGGUGAGUUAAAAAAAAUCUAUUUAUCCUAAAAUGAUGACGGCAUAAGCAUUAGUUGUACUUUUAAGUACAAACAUCGAAAUUUAUUAUUUCCCACUAAUUCAAAAUGUUGUCAUGAUUAAUUUUGUAAUAUGAUACUGCAUUAUUUA